GAGUCUCCUCAAUAAACCCAAGAGUGAGAUGACCCCAGAAGAGCUGCAGAAGCGGGAAGAGGAGGAAUUCAACACUGGUCCCCUCUCGGUGCUCACACAGUCGGUCAAGAACAACACACAAGUGCUCAUUAACUGUCGAAACAACAAAAAGCUCCUGGGACGGGUGAAGGCCUUUGAUAGGCAUUGCAACAUGGUGCUGGAGAAUGUGAAGGAGAUGUGGACUGAGGUCCCCAAGAGCGACAAGGGCAAGAAGAAGUCCAAGCCUAUCAACAAGGGCCACUAUAUUUCCAAGAUGUUCCUGAGUGGAGACUCUGUCAUUGUGGUUCUGCGGAACCUGCUCAUUGCUGGCAAGUAGAGUAGAGGCCUCUUCCCUCUACCUCGCCCUGCCAAGGCUCGCCCUGCCCAGUGGGAUGGAAAUAAAACCCUGUGUUUUUUUGUU